GAGAGUAUUUCAAAUUUGGUGUCCAACCAUCUUUUUGUCAUUAAUGAUGUGGUGCCCUUAUUCCCUUACCUCUUCUCCUCCAAACGAAUUUUCAAACUUCUUAUCUCUAAGCCAUAUAUCUGUUGCCUCAUUCUUAAGCCAUAUAUCUCAGAUUUUUCAGUCGUCAACAUCAACUAAAAAGAUCUUGAGAACUUGAAAGGAAAGGGAAGGGAAAAAUUAAUACGAUCAUGGAAAGAGGAAAUGAAAUUGAAGGAGAAAGAGAGAAAGGGGAAUUAGCAAACAAAUUUGAGGUGUCAUUUUCUGCUCUUCGCAAGGAGGACAUUGUCAAUGUUCUGGAUUUCAUAGAGAGCUUCAAGUAUGAAGAAAGUCAAAUAGAAAUAGCUCUUGACUUGGAUAUAAUUGAAAUGCUGAAAUUGGAGCUGGCAUUUAUUUGUAUAUAUGUCCAGCUUUCUUAUUCCGAUUUAAAGCAGUUUGAAGAUGUAAUGACUCGCAAAGGACACAGGCUAAGAGCUCUGCUUCGAUCAGUCCUUCCCUGCUUCAUGGAUAGUAUGGAUGAUUGUAUCAGCUGAACAGGUUUUUCCAUCAGUGACUGAAUAUGAAAUUCUUCAGAAUGUAUGUGGCAACAUAAGAUAUUUCCAUCAAUUGAAGAUUGUUCCAAUUGAACUGCAUGUUAUGCACAUAUGUUAUACCAAUUUGAGGGCUUCAGCGUCAAGAGAAGUUGGAUGCUUCAUUAAGCAGCUCCUAGAAACCUAUCCAGACAUUCUUAGGGGAUAUUUGAUUCAUCUACAAGAGCACAUGGUGAAUGUAAUUACCGCUAACACUUCAGGGGCUCGAAACAUUCAUGUCAUGAUAGAGUUCCUAUUAAUCGUUCUUACUAAUAUGCCCAAGGAGUUUAUUCAUCAUGACAAAUUGUUUGAUCUCUUGGCACAUGUUGGAGAACUUAUCAGGGAGGUAUUAACUCUUGUUCGCGACUUAGAAGAAAAUUCAAGAAAUGAAGAGAGUACCAAUGGAAAAAACCAUGCAACUUUGGACUUGAUGGAAAAUAUUGAACUCAUGAAAGGAGAUCUCAAACAUAUUUACUUAAAAGCCCCAGACUCGUCUCAACUCUGCUUCCCAAUGAAUGAUGGAUCCCUCUUUAUGCAUCUUCUACUCAGACACUUGAAUGAUUUGCUCAAUUCCAAUGCUUAUUCAGCUGCAUUGAUAAAGGAAGAAAUUAAGCUAGUGAAAGAAGAUAUAGAAUUCAUAAGAUCUUUUUUGAUAAAUGUUGAGCAAGAAUUGUAUAAAGAUCUAUGGGCACGUGUUCUAGAUUUAGCAUAUGAAGCAAAAGAUCUCAUUGAUUCAAUUAUUGUACGAGAUAAUGGUCUCUUAAAUCUUAUUUUCUCACUUCCUUUUGUCGUAAAACAAAUCAAGCUUUCCAAAGAAGAGGUCCCUAAUUUACUUGAGAAGAUUCCAAAGAACAAGGGCCUCAUUGUUGUGAAGUCUCCCACCAAGUAUGUUGAAAGGAAAUCUUUGACAACUGCUCAAACAAUCGUAGGUUAUAAAGAGGAGACAGAUUUGAUUAUUAACAAGCUCACCAGUGGACCGAAAAUGCUAGAUGUCAUUUCGAUCACUGGUACACCGGGUUCGGGUAAAACUACUUUGGCGUACAAAGUGUAUAAUGAUAAGUCAGUUUCUAGUCAUUUCGACAUUCGUUCAUGGUGUACAGUUGAUCAAAAAUAUGACGAGAAGAAGUUGUUGGCAGACAUUUUUAAUCAAGUUACUGGCUCAGCUUCAAAAUACAGAGAUAAUAUUGAUGUUGCUACUGAGCUACGGAAACAUCUGUUUGGAAAGAGGUUCCUUAUCGUCUUAGAUGACUUGUGGGAUACUGCAGCAUGGGAUGAGUUAACAAGACCUUUUCCUGAAGCUAAGAAAGGAAGUAGAAUUACUUUGACAACUCGAGAUAAGAAAGUGGCUUUGCAUGCACAAUGCCACAGUGAUCCUCUUGACCUUCGAUUGCUAAGACCAGAAGAAAGUUGGGAGUUAAUAGAGAAAAGGAUCUUUGAAAAUAGAAGUUGCCCUGAUGAACUACUGGAUGUUGGAAAAGAAAUAGUCCAAAAUUGUAAAGGGCUUCCUUUGGUGGUUAAUCUAAUUGCUAGAGUCAUUGCUGAGAAGGAAAAGAAAAAGACUGUUUGGCUUGAAGUUCUUAAUAAUUUGCAUUCCUUCAUUUUCCAGAAUGAAGUGGACGUGAUGAAGGUAAUAGCAUUAAGUUAUGACCAUUUACCUGAUCCCUUAAAGUCGUGCUUACUUUAUGUAUACGGUCGAAAUAGAUUUCGGCCUUAGCACAUCCGAUCGAGUUCGAAGGAUGAUCUAUCGAAGUAAGACCCCUAAGGUGGAACAAACUGACCUCGAACCCGGGGAGGCUAAUCCGUGUCGAGUUCGAUAUCAUCAUCAAGCUCGAAUCGAAAUCGAACCAUGAUGCAGAGUAGAUCUAUCAUACUGA